AUUUCAUUCAUAUCUUUAGGGUUUAUGUUUGAUUUUCUACUACUUUCACAUAUCUAAAUUCAUAACAUCAUGCUUCUUCUUGUUUUUUCUUACUAUCGUGUGUCAAUUUUGUUGUUCAAAAGUAAUCUUAACCAAGUUUGUUUGGUAAAACAAGCCCAUGAUCUACUGUUUUUGGUAAAAACUAGCUGAUAACAUAAAGUGACAUGUUAGAAAACUAAAUUGGAAAAAUCUUAGGAGCAUAAUUAGCUAGCUUAUAUGGUUGCCUUCGUAUCAAUUAGGGUUUUUAUUUUGUUUUUAGGUUAAUAAGUAGUGAUAAAAGUUGCUAAAUAAAGUUUAAGAUCAACUGCUGGUUUGGAGUGGUAUUAGUUGGAACGAAUUAGAUGAUUGAUUACAAAUGUUGGUUUUUAGUAAGAUGUUUCAUCAUUAGAAGCUGAAGCAUAAAGUCGAAUUAUUAAUUCAUCCAGAUGGUGAUUUUUAUCAGCAGCUUAAGGUGUUAUCUGCUUUUACCAAAAUAUGAAUAUUUAUGUUCAAGAAUAAAAAUUUCGAAUGAAUCAUCUUAUCCGAUCUAAGAAAACAUAACACUGUUCAAGAUUUUCUGGGAGCUUAUUGAUCAAGUCUAGCUAAACAGUAUUCAAGUGCAAAGCUAGCUGAAAGCUGGCAGGAAUUAAUGUCAACUUCAUUAGAUGUUAAUUUAUGUGAAUUCUUCGAUCCCAAGGUUUUGAACAGAUUGAAAGUUACUCCACAAAUUUGAAAUAUGUAGCCACCAGCUUAUCUCUAAUUUUGUUUUGAAAAUAGUAAUCUAUACAACAAGUCCAUGGUUAUUGAGUAUAUACAUAAUACAGUCAGAGUAAAAAUGGUAUUUUUAAGCACUAGAAGGUCCCUUUAAUACUUGUUAAAACACUGAUUUCAACCCUUUUAUGGUGUUAUAUUUUGUUUAAAGGUGGGGCAGCAAUGGACUAUACUUAUGGACCUGGAAGGAAUCAUCUGUUUGUUCCGGGACCAGUCAACAUCCCAGAACAGGUGCUUCGUGCAAUGAACCGAAACAAUGAGGACUAUCGAUCUCCUGCAAUUCCUGCCUUGACUAAAAUUUUACUUGAGGAUGUCAAAAAGAUUUUCAAGACCACUUCUGGAACUCCUUUUAUCAUCCCAACUACAGAUACUGCUCAUACUAUCAAGGCCAUCUGCCUCGUUCACAAUGAGACAGCCACUGGAGUUACUAACAACUUGGCUGCCGUAAGGAAAGUGCUUGAUCAUUACCAGCAUCCAGCGCUGUUUCUAGUUGAUGGUGUAUCAUCCAUAUGUGCUCUGGAUUUCCGCAUGGAUGAAUGGGGUGUCGAUGUGGCUUUAACAGGCUCUCAGAAAGCUCUCUCUCUUCCCACUGGUAUGGGGAUUGUGUGUGCCAGCCCAAAAGCUAUCGAGGCUUCUGAAACUGCAAAAUCUCUUAGAGUUUUUUUCGACUGGAAGGAUUACUUGAAAUUCUACAAGAUGGGGACAUAUUGGCCAUACACUCCAUCCAUACAGCUUUUGUAUGGUCUAAAAGCAGCUCUUGAUCUCAUCUUUGAAGAAGGAUUGGACAAUGUGAUUGCAAGGCACAAUCGUCUUGGCACAGCAACGAGGCUGGCUGUGGAAGCAUGGGGCUUGAAAAACUGCACCCAGAAGGAGGAAUGGUUCAGUGACACGGUCACUGCCGUGAUGGUUCCUCCAUAUAUUGAUAGUUCUGAAAUAGUUAGAAGGGCAUGGAAACGAUACAACUUGAGCUUGGGUUUGGGGCUAAACAAAGUAGCCGGAAAGGUCUUCAGAAUAGGACAUCUCGGCAACUUAAAUGAUCUGCAACUGCUGGGGUGUCUUGCAGGGGUGGAGAUGGUGCUCAAGGAUGUCGGUUACCCGGUGAAGCUGGGGAGUGGAGUGGCUGCUGCUUGCGGAUACCUCCAGAACAACAUCCCCAUGAUUCCAUCAAGGAUUUAAAUUGUCAUAUUUAUGUAUGUAACCACUGCUCUUCUCUCAUUUGCUUCAAAUACCAGUGUAAACAACACUCUGCCCCUAUAUUUCCUAUGAAUUUUUUCUCCAUUUGUAAAUUCUACCUCUUCUCCAUCAUAUCCCUGCAUAUUUUCCAUAAGUUAUUUAUUUAUAAAGAUUAAACCCAA